UUCUGGAUUAGUCGAACCAAAAGGUCAUAGAUUCAUCAUACAUCAAUGAAUUAUGUUUGAGCAAAGAUAAAGAAAAUAACAAAUGGAAUUUAAUCAUUGACUAUCAUUUGUCAAUGAUGUCAAGGAUGGAAUGAGCAUGAUCAUGGGCAGAGAACGUAAGUUUGGGAAGAGUAAAUAUCUGGAUGAGAAAGAUGGUUUAGUUUGUUGUGGCAUAGAGAUGGUUCUGAUGGAGGAACUGGACCUCGUUGUAGCUUGUUAUGUAAACCGUACAAUCGUCCCAAAUCCUUCUCCCAUAUUGGCGGUCUCCCCGAGCUUCCCUUUCUGAGCAAAGCUAGAAGACACAUCACCAAAAUGAAUCUCCACAUUCUUUAGUUGAA